AUGGGAAACAUAAGCAGCAGAUCAGAUGAUCCCGGCGCCAUUUAUCUCAAGGACCAGGCAAAAUUGACGAUUACAUCUGUCGUGAUCAGCAACAGUCGUGGAAAUGUCCUCUUAAACAUUUCUCCGAAUUCAUUUCCCGCUUCGCGGAUGAACGCCCGGAGGGAAGCGGGGGAUGAUAGGUUUAUCGAAUUUAUUCAGGACCCCGACUCAUCUCCUAUUGGACCUCCUUCAUUUCUCCUAAAACUCAACAAUGACGACGAGCUGAAUUUCCGUUUCACGUUUGUGAUUCGCCAAGGGAAGACGAAACCAUCUGCCCCUCUGACAACAAAUGGAGUGGCGACUUGUCUGCCCGAGAGCACCGAUACCAUUCUCACCGGCUUAACAUUCGCGCACGCAUCAAACUCGAGGGAAUUGGAUAACCUAGUGACCAGAGAAUUCCAUGCAAACCCUAAUUUACAAAAUAACUCCAAUGUCCAACAUGUGGGGAAUUUCUCAACUUCGGGGAACCCCUCAGUCCAAUUUGACUGGUCCUGGAGAUGGAAACCUCCAAGGCACACGGAGGAUAAAGGAGGUGGUUGGCGCAACUGUUGUAGUUUUCUCGACUACGAUCAAAGAACCAAUCGCCUCAACACUCUUGCAACGUUUUCUUUCUGGGUGCAAAAUACGUAUAGGCUGUUGUCCAGCCCUCAAUUCCCGUCUCCCGAAUUCGAACUGACCGUCCCCGCUCGCCAUCGGUUACCCUCCACUCAAACCGUUCACUCUCGCAUGAGCGAAACAGAGACCCCUGUGGAUCAACAAACGCUACCAACACCGCCUGAGAUUGGAGACAGUUUGCCAACCACCCAACCAGCGCCUGUCGCAAGCUCUGUUAAGGUGGAUGUGACUUGCCAACGUCCCGGGGAAGACAUGAGCGCCGUUGAAGAUGGCCCCCUAUUUCGUGCUACAAUGAAGGCCCUCGAGCAGAAAACGGGCAAUAUGCGGGCUAAGAUGAAGAAAAUCUUGAAAAAGGCUGAAGCCGCAUAUCAGGCCCAAACCGCAUGUAACGAUUCGGUUAGCGCUUUUAUUACAGCGCUAAAUGACGCAUCUGUGUCCAGUGCCAAUGCUAUUCAGCCUGCAUUAGAGCAUUACUUCGAAAAAAUUGCACGAGAAAUCCUUAAUUAUGAACAACAAAAUACGAAACAUCUCCAAAAGCUCAUCAUCGACCCGCUUUCUAAACUCUACAAUCAUGACAUUAAACAGGCGGAAUCGAAGAAAAAGGACUUUGAAGAUGAGAGUAGAGAUUAUUACGCUUAUGUUGGACGAUAUCUGGGCCAGCGGCAGGAUUCUCUGAAAGAGAAAAAGAGAGCUGAAAGCGAUUCGAAGUAUCAAACCAAACGAAGAAAUUUUGAAUUAAAGCGAUUUGACUAUUCAUCAUUUAUGCAAGACCUUCACGGUGGACGCAAGGAACAAGAAGUGUUAUCUCAUUUGACAAAAUAUGCUGACACCCAAGCAAGAAAUUACUUGUCAACAGCCAAAAAGAUUGAGGAGAUGGUUCCUCAACUGCAGGCUCUCAUAGAUGAGGUUUCCGAGGCUGAUAAAGAAUUUCAAUUUCAGCGUACAGAGAGAGAAGAGAAGAGACGGGCGCUAGAGAAGAGCACGAAAACAUAUAUUGAACCCGGAUCCAUACCAAACUACGGUGCUUCUGCCCCGGGGUAUGGAAAUACAAAUGUCACCCAUCAGUCGGACUCGGAUCUGGGCCGUGCAGACAGCACCGGCUCACAACUAAAGACAGUUACCAAUAACAAUUCUGGGCCUUCUCAAUCACUGAAUACCCCCACUCCCAUCGAGACACCAGCUGGGGCUCCUCCUGCAUCGACCGGAUCAAAUCGAUUCAAAGGCAUUCGAGACCUUGAGGAUCGGGACUCUUCUGCUUCUUUUACUGACGGUCUUAAUGUUGACCACAGGAAAGAGGGACUUUUGUGGGCGUUAUCCCGUCCGGGAUCUCAUAUUGAUCCGAAAGGGAUUAACAAACAAGCAUGGCAUAAGUUUUGGAUAGUCCUAGAUCAAGGAAAACUUUCCGAGUAUAGCAAUUGGAAACAAAAGCUGGAUCUACACAUGGAACCAAUAGAUUUACGGAUGGCCUCCGUUCGCGAAGCACGGAAUGCAGAGAGAAGAUUUUGCUUCGAGGUCAUGACUCCUCAUUAUAAGAGGAUAUAUCAGGCAACAUCAGAGGAAGACAUGAAUGCCUGGAUUGUUGCCAUAAACAACGCGUUGCAAAGUGCUGUGGAAGGCGGAAGUCUCCCACCUGCCACACUUCAGCAGCCAAUGACUGAUGGAGCUGCUCACCGUGAUAUCGGCUCUGUUUUAACGGGGAAGAGCUCUUCUCAUUCCGGUCAACAUGGAUACUCCAAUUCUCACGUAUCUGGCGUGAAUCGCCGAACCACGGUCGGGGCUCGACCUAGUUAUGUUCGGGGCGAUAGCAAUAGUUAUGAAGAAAAUCCAUCGAAGCUUUUACAAACAAUCCGCGAAGCUGAUCAAGGUAAUUGUAGGUGCGCGGAUUGCGGAUCCUUAUCCAAAGUUGAAUGGGUGUCAAUCAAUCUUGGCAUCGUCCUUUGUAUCGAAUGCAGCGGCAUCCACCGGUCUCUGGGCACGCACAUAUCGAAGAUUCGCUCACUGACUCUUGACAUACAUUCCUUUUCCAAUGACAUUGUCGAGAUAUUGUUACAAGUUGGCAAUCGUGUCAGCAAUGUGAUUUGGGAAUCUCGACUAGAUCCAGCGCUCAAGCCCACGGCGCAGUCGAGCAGGGAACAGCGAUUAAAGUUCAUUACGGCAAAGUAUAGUGAAAGAGCUUUUCUUCAGCCUUUGUCGGCUACACCUUCCCGCUACGCAACUCCAGAGGAGACACUCCUCGCCUCUAUCAAAAGAAACGACAUACGAGGCGUAUUAUAUGCAAUUGCGCUUCGUGCCAAUCUGAACGUAACUGACCGGUCUCGAAACACUCAUGCCGUCUUCCUGGCUCUGGCGGCGGCGGAUCCUGCGUCUCCCAGUUCUCCAGGGAAGUCUAUGAUGGCGGAAUCGAGAUCCAGUUCCAUAACGUCUGCUGCUGAGAAACCUAUAGCAUUUCCAAUCGCGGAAUUGCUUCUUCAAAAUGGGGCAGAAAUUCCAUCUGAAAUGCCAACAAUACCUUUGUCACCAGCGGCACAGUUGUAUGUAAACCAACGCACAGCCAAAAAAGGUGGGAAUAUUACAACUCAGUCACGAAUGCUUGUUUCACCCGCGGGAGGCCCUGGAGCCGACACAGAACGCCCCUCACCCUUGGUUCGCAAUGGUAGCACCACCUAG